AUGAAAUAAUUAGAAAUAUAUAAAAGAAUACUCAGAUAUAAUAAUUUAUUCUUCUAUUUAAUUAUCAAAUCUAUAUUUAUAAUUUUUUUUUUCCACUAACUCAUACUCUUAAUUGUGUAAUUAAAUGGGGGGAAAUAUUAGGUAAGUAAAUCACAUUAGAAGCUUACUAUAAAUUAAAUAAAUCUAUGGUCCAACUUCAAUUUGCUUUUAUUCAAGAUUAUGUAAGCUAUAACAUAAGGAUUUAAUAAGAUUAUUUAUAUGCUUUUAUAAGACAAGAAGAUAAGAAAUGCUAAGUUAUUUUUAUUACAAAUACCUCUCUAAAAAUUUAAAAUUAAGUUAAGCGACUUCAUUUUAUUAUUUUAAAAUGAGUUUUUAUUUUUUUCGAAUGAAAAAUAUUUAAUUUUAAAAAAUAUAUCUAUGAUUAUACUUAAAUAAAAAUAAUCAUUUGAGAUGAGAAUCAUAAAUUUUUUAAAAAAUAAUUAAAUUUGUUACAUUGAAUUCAAUGAUUUAUUUAUACUUUUGAAAAUCAAUUAUUUUGAAAUUGAAUUUAUUUUCUUGAAAAAUUUGAUUUCUAAUUUACAAAAUAAAAAAAAUAAAAAACAAUUCAAGAAGAAAUAUAUUUAGAAUUGCUUUCAAAUGAAGAAAAUUUUAAUCUUCUCCAUAGUUUUAAAUUUACUUUUAUAAUACACAUUCACUUAAAAAUAUAUAUAAUCUAGUUCUUCUUAGUCUGGUGUUAUGGAAUUCGCUCGUUUCUAAUCUAAUAAUUAUUGUGCUUAAGUUGACUAAACCGCUAAUUUAUCCAAUAAAUUUUCUUAAUAAUUCAAUAGCGUUCCUUAAAUAUUUAUUGGAGUUAUCUUCUUUGAUUUAGAUACAACCACUUUAAGAAAUGCCUUCAAUUUUACAGUAAUAAGUGUUAAUUAAAAUCAAGUAUCAAUUUAAUUAAAUAAAUAUGGAGGAACAUGCAUAUUUGGAAUGAAAAUAUCAUACUUUGCAACAGUAGAUCAAGAUGUUUAAAUAUAAAAUUAUAUUCUUACAUUUAAUCAGCUCUCUGAUAUUUAAACAUAAAACAAUAAGUAAUAUUAAUUUACAAUUCCUUAGAAAUUAGCCUAUUAAAGAGGAGUUUAAUGUGCUAUAACAGGAUUUGACUCAACUUACUAAAUUUCACCAAGUAGCGAUAUUUCUUAUUUACAUCGAAAUUUAGCUACUGCAACAUAAGUUGAUUCAUCAAACAACUUUUACUAAAUAUAAAUAGAAGCUCCUGAUUUAUCAGUAAAUCUUAAAAUAAUUUAUAUAAAUUGCAUAGAAUAUUAUAUCGAUUAAGCAGGAGAUUACUCAAUGAUUCAUAACAUUUAAUAAGUGUAAACAACAUAAUAAAUCACUACAAAUUAAAAUUUUUAAAUAAAUCUUGAUCCGUCUUUUACAGGAAAUACAAUCACAUCAUUUUUAGGACUCUAAUAAUUUGACUUGUCCUAAUAUAAAGCUUUAAGAUUAGAAUAUCAAAACUUUAAUUUUUAAAUUAAUUAAUUAUCUUUUUAAGUGAUUACAUGGUAUUUUAGUAUUUUAUAUUCUUCAACCGCUCUAUUCUUUUAACAUUAAAUGAUAGAUUGCUAAACUAGCUUCAAUAAAAUAAAUUCAAACGAUUUAAAAUAAUGUGUUUCAAGGUGUUUAGAUGGUUAAUAUGCAGCUAACUUUUAAACUACUUAAGUGUGUUCUCCUUGCAAUCCAAUUUGUAAAACUUGCUCAAGUUUAAAUGUAUGUACUUCUUGCUAAUCAAAUUAAUUUGUAGAUCCCUCUACUUAGUCCUGUAGCAACUGCGAUACAAGCUGUUUAACUUGUUAAAAUUCUUCUACAUAAUGCUUAAGUUGUCCUUAAGGUUUGUUUCUUUACAAUUAAAAGUGUUAUUCAAUUCAACCAUAAGGCACUUAUUGCGAUCAAAAUUAAAUAUGCUAAGAUUGUUAAAGAUCAUACCAAUGCAAAUUCUGUGAUAAUACAUUAUAAAUUUGCAUAAGUUGUAUUAAUUAAAGUUUAUAUUUUUUAAAUGGAGUUUGUUCUAAUAUAUAGCCACCAAACACAUACUGCAAUUUAUAAAAGAUAUGCCAAAAAUGUCCUGACUCAUGCAAUGGAUGCGAUUUAAAUUUAAAUUGUACAUAGUGUGCGAAUCCAUAAAAUUUCUUUUAUUUUGGAAAGUGUCUUUAGUAAUAACCUCAAAAUACCUAUUGUAGUGUAAAUUUUGGUUUUUAAAAAUUUUGCUAAAACUGUCAUCCUGCUUGUAGUUAAUGUUUUGGAUAAUAAUUAGAUCAAUGCUCGGCUUGCUAGUUGGGAUAUUAAUUAGUUGGUUCUUCUUGUCUUUGUUAACAAGGAUAUGGUUAUAGUUCUGUUUCUUAAUAAUGUGAAGCUUGCUAAAUUAGUGGAUGUAUUCAAUGUAGUAAGAGCUUAAACUAAUGUGAAAUUUGUUAAGAUUAACUAUUAUUAGACUAAGCAACAGGUAAAUGCUACUGCUCAAACCCUUAAUAGUAUUAUUAAACUAAAUUAUAAUCAUGCUUUUAAAAUAAUAUUCAUUUCUGUAAAGUCUCAUCCAAGUUUUAAAAUACUUGUGAAUAAUGUCUAGAUGGAUAUUACAAUUUUAAUAAAUUGCUUUGUAGCUAUUGUGGAAAAUCGAAAUAUACAGACUCUCAAAAUUAAUGUAAUAAUGACUGCUAACCUUAGUGUAUAAUAUGCUCAAAUAAAUCAACAUGCCUUCUCUUUUAAGAUGAAGUAAAUUCUAAUACUAAUGGAAAUUUACCAAUUAAUCCAAACUAAAAUAUUUGCCAUUAUAGUUGUGGUUUGUGCAACGGAAGUGGGUAAUCAAAUUGCCUAACUUGUAGCUCAUAAACAAGAGUUUAUGAUAUCUAAUAGUAAACAUGUAAUUGUAAAAAUGGUAGCUUUGAUAAAGGGGAUGCUGAAUGUUAGGCAGCUUUUGACUUUUAAUAAAACUAUCUAUGGAUAUUAUAAACUAUAUUUGUAACAUUUUUAAUCACCUAAUCAUCCUUAGUAUUUUUCAGUUAAUUUAGGAAAGCAAAUUUGAAUUUUAAUUUAAUACAAUAAUUAAUUUUUAUAAGUUAUGAUAAAACACUAAGUAUGUCACUAAACUACGCUUAAACGAUGAAAUAAUUUUAGUAUUUAAGUUUGGUUACUUUUAUACCUAUUUCAUUAGUUAAUGAAAGCAAUUCAUAAAUUACUUAAAAAUGCAACUAAAUAUUAAUUUUAUUAAUAUUUUAGGUUGCAGUUCUUUCAGCCUUUUUUAUCUAAAAUUUUUUGAAAAACCAAAAACUAAAGUACUUUUACAAAGAAAUGCUGUUUAGCUGUAACAGAUUAACAUCUACCAUGAAUAUAGCAUUAAUUCUUUAGCUAUUAAUAAAAGAAAUAAAAGAUAUUUAUAAAUCAACACUUGUUUUGCUCAUAAUAGCAUCAUUAAUUUAGCUAAUUUUAUAAAUAUUGGUUUUUAGAAAAAUCUAUUUGGAUUAUCAAGCCAAUUUUUAAAUCACGUCACCAUAAAAUAAUGGAUAGAAUUUAUCUUUAAUAUUUAAAUAUCCAUAUAUUUCAUUUUAAACUAGAGAUCAAUAUCUUAUUUUAAAUGCUAUCUUAGAAGUAAAAAGAAUCAUAAAUGGUUUAAUGUUUGCAUUGUUUAGUUAAAAUGGAUAUGAAUAUUAAAUACUCAGUGGUAUUUCUCUAUUCAUUAUAAUUAUAAUCAUAUACUUAAAACCUUUUAAUAGCUUAUUAGCUAAUCUAGAAGCCAUAAUUAUAGAAUUUCUAAUAUCUUCUUGCUUUAUCCUUCAUUAAUUUUACAGUAAAAAUAUAUAUUAAAAUAAUGGUACUCCUUACCUUCUUAUUAUAAUGAUUAUAAUAAUCGUUAUCUAAUUAUUUGCUAUUAUUUAAUGCGCAAUUUAAGUUUUCUUUUUCAUUUAUUAAAAAAUAAAAUCAUAUAAAUUUUAGUCAUCUAAUUCAACUACAAUCGAGCUCCUUCCUCAAUAUAUUUAAAAAGAUAAAAUAGAUAAUAUUCUUGCUUCUAAAAUGUUUAAUUACAAAGUAUUUAGAGUAAAAAAUAAUAAAAUAGUUUAAAUAUGA